CGGUACACCCAACGUCUUCUCCUCUUAGAAGCCAACACGCUAGAAGAAAUCCCGCAAGCGAGUGCAAACGUAUCAAUGAUGUUAGGAGCCUCAUUCUAUGCUUGAGCUAUCGGGUUCGCUGAAUAUAGCCCGCGUAAACAUUAUCGAUAGGUGCGAUACAUCGGUUGGGUAGUAUCCUCGCAUCACGGCGGCUUAGAAAUUUCACUGAGUGCGACAUCCAUAAGCAGGCUGCGUCUUAUAGUGCAUUUCAUAUACAGACAUACGGACAAUCUAAUCGGGGGUUAAAAGCGCCCGGGAGCCUACAGAAGCCCAGGGCAAGCGAGCCAAUGAAACUGAUAAUAUCAGAUGCAACCAUUCUGAGGGGCUGCGCCACCAUCUUCUAUAUAACAGGCUAUGAUAAGGUCGGGCAAGUCAUCACAGCUGUGCCCAGUUCUAACCCCCUUUCGUCAGCACCAUAGCACAACGUCCCGUAAUUUUGCCUUCGUCACGGAUGUGCGAAGAAGAGAUACCAUAACGACAGGUACAUCAGUUCCUCCCAACGGCGGAAGAAUAUGGCCUCUACAAUGACGUUGACAGAGAACGAUGAGUUCGAUUACAAGAGUCGGUUCAAGGAGGAAAGCGUGGAUUCAACCCGAAGUAUCUCAAAUUUCCCAUGUUGUCCCUGGACCAAUCAUGCACCAAGGGAAUCCAUCAGAAGUUCCCUGGACAGUUUUGGCCUGGAAAGUUUCCGGAAGAACUUAUUGCUGAAGACCAUCACAUCUCAUUGUGCCGGGGCUUUCAUAGUGCUCAAAGAGUUUGGUCCAACAUCUUCCUUUUCGGCCGAACUGGAAGUAUAUGAGAAAUUAUCAAAUGACCGGCUUGCAAGCGGUACCAUAUUCCUUCGAAAAACCACAGUAGAUAAGAAUUCCGAUAUCACGGAAAUUCGAAUUUCUUGGGAGGAGCGAAAACCAGACAGAGAACCAGAAAUAGACGGCCUCCUAAAACUGGACGGCCUGGGCUAUUACAAUGAUUUGGACAGUUGUGCAAAACUUUCAGAGCCAAUUCAGUCAAUGGGAUUCUACUACCAGCUAAUGCUAGAGACGUAUACCGGCCCCGAGGAUGAUAUAUCUCAUAGCGCACAACACAAUUCUAUUUGGAGCGAAAUACGCGGUGAUCUUUAUCACCACAAUGGCGAAACGGAGACACAUUGGUCUAUAUGCUCCUCCGGAUCACGUUCAUGGGGAUAUCACUCUAUCGCCGAGCGCGAUGAUUGCGUAGAUAUCUCCGUGUCCUAUAUCUAUGGAUUAUCAACCAUAGAAACGUUUCGUUGUGUGACUAUUCGAAUAAAUGCAUGCACCGAGGCCGUGAUCCAACUCAGUCUCCAGAACAACGUGGAACGAAAAGCAAAACAGGGUGAUCCUGACCCACACACCUCGAUAUUUUACCAAAGAUCAUGUUUAAAAGUGGAUUUUCUUUGUAUCAAUAAGAAAGGCGUUAUAAAGCACAAAAAUACAACCAAUCAACCAAAACCUAAUAGGAUGGCGGCUGCCAUGAAUAUGCGCGAAGCUUCAGCAGCCCCGAAGGAUCCGGAAACCUCACGAUGCCCAUUCAGAAACAAUCUAUUAAAGCGGCGUAAAGACUCCGAAGAACUCGAGAGCGAGCAGCUCGCAGAGAAACCGGAGUCGAGUGACGGUACAGCUAGGAAAAGAAUAACGCCAGAUGAUACGGGCGGCUUGGCCUGUCCAUUUUAUAAAAGGGAUCCUUGGAGAUUCGACCGAUGCCUCACGUACAAGAUGUCAAAGAUAAGCUACGUAAAGCAACAUCUACUGCGGUAUCACGACACGCUGGAAUGCGAUCGCCCAACAUGCCAGAAUCCCCUCAUCAAUACGACGGAGCAAGAUUCCCACACAGACUGCCAGAAAGGCCAAUGCACACUCUACGGCAUGACGGCCAAGCAAAAACGGGACAUCCAGAAAGCAGCCGGGCGUAAGAUCACAUGCGAGGUCAAGUGGUAUCAGAUAUGGGCCAUCCUGUUCCCGGGCGCCAGAAAGCCCGACUCGCCCUUCGUCAAGAGCCACUACUUCGCCGAGGUGCUGUCCUCCAUCCAAGCAUUCUACCACGACGAUUCCAAGCCCCACGUCCUCGAGGACGCUUUCCGGCAUGUUUUGAAAGACGGCCGCACGUAUCAAGAGGCUUUCGACGGGUUACUUAGGAGGAUUGAACACCGAGUAUUGACGCAGGCCCUGGGUCUCGGCUCGUCUUCCCGUUCCGUCGGGGCUGACGGCGCGGAUUGGCUAGUUUCUUGCAGAAGCCCAAGCACGAAUAACGACGAAGAGCCAUUUUCAUUCUCUCCAAUGCCGGGCGAGCAUAAUGCAAACCCUAUUGUAAGCCCCUCAGCCAUCAGGGGCGAUGAGGAGAAGGCUCUUGCCAUGGAUGAUGAGUCCGGAAUACUGUCUUACGACACCGAGCUUCAAAUAUGCCCUUUUAUCUGGGAUGGUGCUGAUGCAAGCGAACGCCAUAAGAUGCUUAUGAGGUCGCCGGAUCCUUCGCAGUUUGUUCAGAUAGACGGGCCAUCGUCUUACCAAGAUACCUCGUCGCUUGACUGUGAGUCCCAAGAUGCAGUCAUUUAUCAUGAUAAUACAAUGAAUUGUCAUAUGGCUGCUAUGUUUGAGCAUUCCUACUUCACGAGUUCGCCCACUUCUGCAGAUUACGGCGUUGGCGCAGGAAUAUCCGAUUGGAUAAUAGAAUAGAGAGUCAAUUGAUGAUAUGUGCAGGUUUGGCUCUGCCUGACGCAGUGCCGCGUGACAGCAGAUAUGCUAAUUAGUGUUUAGUACGAACCCUACGAGUGUUUUGACUAGCCGCCUUCUAGUUGACUGUUAAGUAAAAUAUUGUCUAUUCAAUAUCCCUGAGAUUAUUCCUUGGCGUGUGAUAUUAUGGGA